AUGCAUCAUAUCAUCAUCUCUGGUGCUUGGGAGCCUCAACAAACAAUUGCAUGCGAGCUCUCAUUCUACCUACCUAAACUUGCAAUUUUCAUUUUUCACGAUAGAUCAACUUAUUUCUCAUUAUGGAGGUCCAGUUUCCUCAGCAAAGCCCCCGAUAAUCGCUCACCCCGCCCUAGGAAUGACAUUCUCCGCAAGCAUGGCAUUAUCCCCGAAAAGCCCCAGGACCCUGAACCAUUGAUCCAAGAGGCCCUCGUGGAGGCCGAACGAAAAGCACAUGAGAACAGGCUCGAAGACAAAGACCUCGAUGAGCUGCACGAUCUCGAAGAUGAAGAAGACGAAGAGUUCCUCGAACAAUACCGCAAAAAGCGCCUCGCCGAACUCUCUACCCUUCAGAAAACCAGCAUCUACAACCAAGUCUACCCCUUACAAAAAGUUGAUUACGCCCGCGAGGUAACAGAAGCCUCCAGCAAAUCGUUCGUGCUCGUCCACCUCACAUCUACCAGCGGGAACGUCGAGUCGCGGGUCCUGUCCGACCUGUGGCGUCAACUAGCUAUGAAAUACGGUGACAUUAAAUUCUGCGAGAUCCGCGGCGAUAUGUGCAUUGAAGGGUACCCAGAACGGAAUACGCCGACGAUUCUGGUAUACAAGGACGGAGAAAUUAGGAGGCAGCUUGUCACACUACGGGAGCUCAAUGGACCCAAGACUAAGCUUGAGAACCUUGAGCGUAUGCUAGUGGAUCUGGGCGCCUUAAAAGAAAGCGAUGUCCGGCUAAAGAAGCGAUCUUACUCGUUCGACGAGGAGCGUCAAUCAAACAUUCGGAGUGCGAACGUCGAAGAUUACGACGAUGAUUGGGACUAA